GACAUGAACAUCUUGAGUGACAUGGAGCGGCCACCAGUGAAGAGAACACGGGCAUCAUCCAGUGAUCGAGAUGGAGAGGAGAGUGGAUCUCCCUCAGAACCCGAACCAUCACCCAGCUCGGACUCUGACUCCGGCAAAAACAGCGACCAGGACUUCACGCCACAGAAGGAGUCGGGUGGUCGCGGUGGCAAAAAGCCAGCAGGCAGAGGCAGCAGAAAGAAGGCAUCAUCUGGCUCCGAUUCAGAAUCGGGCUCCCAGUCAGAUCAGGGGGCCGCCAGGAGCAAUUCAGAAGAAGAGAAGCCCCGGCCGGCCGUCUCUGGAUCCGAAUCGCAGUCUGGAUCCAAAUCCGACUCUGAUUCAGAACCUCCUCCUCCUCCUCCUGCAAGGAAAGGCCCACAAGGGCGCAAGAAAGCGGAGAAACCUCCACCAAAGUCACGAGGAAGGAAAACCAAACCAGCUCCAGAAAGGGCUCCUUCCUCUUCAUCAGACAGCGACAGUGACAGCGAGACGGACCGCGUCAGCGAGUGGAAGAAGAGAGACGAGGAGCGGCGGAAGGAACUGGAGGAGCGAAGGAAGAAAGAAGAGGCUGAAGAGCUCCGUCGGCUCCGGGAGCGAGAGAAAGAGGAGGAUGAGAAAAGGAAAAAGGAGAAAGAGAACAAGGCCAGGAGAGGAAGCAGCAGUGGCAGCAGCUCGGACAAUGAAGUGGAUGAUCACCCUCUCAAAAAAUCCAAGAAACCUCCGCCUCCCCCCAUCCCCGCACCGUCAGACUCCGACUCGCCACCAGCUGCAGAGGGGAAGAAAUCCGCCAAACGUCACGACAGCCAGAAAAGGCGGCAAAAGAAAGAGAAGGAGCUGAAAGAGAAAAAAGAGAGGAAGAUCAAAGAAAGGAAGCCUCAGAGAUCAGAGGAGAAACGCAAAACGAGAAGGCCUAAGCCAGAGAAGCCUAAACGGAAGCCAACACGUCCACCUGAGAAGAAAGUCGAGAAGAAAAAAGAACCCUCACCUGAAGAGAAACUACAGAAGCUCCACACAGACAUCAAGUUUGCACUGAAAGUUGACAACCCAGACAUUGAGAAGUGUCUGCAGGCCCUGGACGAGCUCAGCUCAGUACAAGUAACCACUCAAAUCUUGCAGAAGAAUACAGAUGUUAUUGCCACACUCAAAAAGAUUCGCCGAUACAAAGCAAGCAGUGCUGUUAUGGAGAAGGCCACUGCAGUCUACAAUAAACUAAAGCUGCAGUUCAUUGGCAAGAUUGAGACCAGUAAACCAAAACCAGAUGAAAAGAACCAAGAAACCAACGAGCAAGACACACAAAACGCAGACGACUCCAAACCAGUGAAUGGAGAGUCAGAAAAUGAGAAAAAAGAUGUUUCUGAAUCGGAAAGCAACCCCAAACCCACAGACCAAGAGAAACCGGAUGAGAACAAAUCCCCGAACGGCAUCAGUCCCAAUCCAGAUGAGCCAACAGAGCAGCAAACACUCACAGCUGACUCCACAGACGCCGAUCCGGCAGAAGACACGGACGUAAAAGAGGACAGCAGAGCGCAGGACGAGCAGAUGUCUUCCGAGAGCUGAACGUUUCACAAACACACUUUGGCCUCCUUCGUUCAUUUGUGUUACUUCUUGUCUGCCCACCUUUGUGACCUACAUGAGUUUUUCGUGUUGUACAUAAAACGUGAUAUGAACAUUAUUAGCACUUUUGAAUCGGGACGUCAUGAGGCAAAACAAGCGCCUUAAUCUAAAUGUUCGAUGUGGAUGAUUCUGCACUACCCACGUUUGGUCAAUCGAGGACGAACGUUUUAUUUCAGAACCACGCUGACGUCUAGUAGGAAAAACACCGAAGCCCUUCAAAUAUAUUUGAGGACUGUGCUUGUAUUAUGUAGCCGCUUUUUAUGAGUAAAACCUUUUUUCCUUUAGUUUUUUUUUUUAUAUGAAAAAAAUAAGGAAAAUGCUAAAAAAAAAGUAAAAGAAAGCAGUCUGGUUUUGUGUUGAUUGACCCACUACGCCAUACAGGAAGAGAUCAUGAGGUUUCGUUGUCAUUAUUACUGCACAAAUCUACAUCUGAUCUGUCUGGUAUGGAUUUCCAUAACCUUCAGUGUCUAUGGACUUUCACUAAACUCUGUAGACCGCUUGUUGUCCGUUGUUUGGUAUUCUAAUAAUAACAACUUACAUCUGCAUAGGUUGACCCAAUAAUGCUAUUCUUUUCUUGGAUGUCAUAAACUAUGCGUAUCAUUCUUAUUAUAAACAUGUUUCUAGUGCUAUGUAACUUGGUCGGAGAUUUUUUUUAGUAUCCGUGAAGGAAUAAAUAAAAAUUCCGCAUGAUGGCCA